AAGUGGACAGCUGCAGGGACACUGAUGUCUUCAUCAACGGCUACAGAGAUCCUUGCAAACCCCCCAUCAAUAAAUAAAACAUUAAUAAAUUGUAAAUCAAACAAUGAGCUUCCAAACAUUUUUAACGUUGUCAAUAAACAUUCAGUUACCUGUUCAGCUACGUUUAGUCGCUCUGCUGCUGUGUGGUGUUCACUGUACGCUCACUUCCACUUUAAAUCUCCUAAUUAGACUUUUAUUUGGUGGCCCUAAAAUCUGUCAUACUUUAUAAAUGAGCCUCAGUUGAAAGAGAAAUAAACAUGAUUUCCUUACCAGCUCCCUAUACAAAAAAACACGUCAAGUAAGGACAUUUAUUUGGAUCACUAAGCUUGUAUUUUAAGUGGAAUGACAUGAAACCACAUUUAAAACUCUCCUUCAGUUCAAGGGCAGCUUUGCUGUUAGUUGUGAACUGCUGCUGGUUAGCAGGACAGUCUUGGAUGAAGCCAGUGGCAUCUUCUCCACACUCCUGUUGCCUCUUUUCAUUCAGCAGCAGACAGCAUGCAAAUUCCUGCAGCCCUAAGUAGCUCCACCUUAAUGUUCUGCAAGUUUCUUUUGCCUGCCUCCCCGUUUCCGUGGUGACAGAGCAGAGCAUCUGUCAGAAAGCCAUCAGGCCGGUCACAGUGAAAGUUGCUCUCUGCUAGAAUUGAUGUGAAAGCAUCCCCCCAAACCAGCGGUGCAGGAAGAGUCCUGAGUCCAACGUGACCAAACAAUGCAUCCUUUUGACUCUGGCUGACAAAUGGGAGCUCAGGGAGGGGUGGCAGGCUGCUGGCUCUUCGCUCCCUGAUGCUUUCAAGCCUAAUCUCGACUGCAGAUGCAAAUAAUCUAAAAAACGUCCCAGCCAAUUAUUUGCAUUUAAACAAAUUGAGAAAGGUCAUUUUGAAAGGCUGCCUCCUCACGACUGCAGAGUGAGGUGGCCUCUUCCUCAGUCCCUGCCCUCCUGACAGCGGUUAAAGCCCCAUGUGUGGCAGCAUGCGGCUGCAUACGGAGACACUAUAGGCAAACCUGAGCAGCAGAGGGACAGCAGAGAGGCGUGCGAGUGAACGGGAGCGCGUCAGCCUUCAGCAGCAUCAUGGAAACAGAAUACUCCAAGCGGGUGUACCAGGGCGUCCGGGUCAAGCACACCGUCAAGGACCUGCUGGCAGAGAAGAGGUCCCGGCAGACCAACGGACCCAGAUACAGCGGGACCACCUCCUCUCCGUCUUCAUUUGUCCAGGUGCCAGGAUCCCACAUGCUGCCAAGCUACUACGGGAUGAGACGUCCCUUCAUGUCUGACUCCGACUUCUGCCCUUCCACCAAGCAGUUCUCCCCAGACGUCUACUCCAGCACCCUCGGGGGUAAACCACUUGGCUGCGAACCGUCCACCAUGACUAGCUACUCCUCCCUCAUCGACAGCUACUACCCAGAAACCUUUGGGGACUACCGGAGUGCUGGGGGGUCCUUCCUGCCUUCGUCAGCCAUAUCCUCCCUGCUGCCCCCCUUCGGGGGGGAGUCAUCGCACCUAUUUCUGAGAGACUCGUGGGAGCAGGCGGCACCGGAGGCCGUGUCCCAGGGGGAGCCGUUGUGCACGGACGGUCUGACUUCUGUCGGCGUCCCGCCCUCCAUGCCCAGCCCGGAGCCGCCCGGCAGCCCGCCCAGCCGGGGCUCGUCCAUGGGCCCGGCUCCCAGCGGCCAGCCGUACACGCUGCACCCCCUGGAGGACGUGCACUACCACUCCCUGACCAGCAGCAACCCCUACCCUGCGGCCUCCUCCUCUUCCUUCGGCUGCCCCCCCUACAUGAGUAGCCCCGUCAGUGACCUGGUGUCCAAGAUGGUGGCAGAUGAAGAAGGCCACUGCAGCCUGCCACCCAGCGCUGACGCCCACCCCAGCUGGGCCAAAGAGGAAGGGGUGAGCUCCUGGUCGCCCUAUGAGCUCAGACGAGCCUACUGACUGGAGGGGAUGGGGGGGGGG